AUGACCACCAAUCAUUUCUUUGGGGGGUGGGGGGAUGUCUGCGCCUUAGGAAAAAGAAAAAAGAAAAAAAGAAAAAAAAAGAAGGGAAAACAUGGAGGGCGGAGUGUGAGUGGUCAGAACCCUGUGUGGCGAGUGUAUGUGGGAGGGGAAGCCCUCCUGUGUGAGAGGAACAUUGGCGUCUGGUGCAGCUACAAAACGUGCAAUGUGUCAAGUAGCUUGUUCUACUGGCUACAACAGCUCAUUUGUUACCCUUUGUAUAAGCUGUGUAUUUACAAAUAUAACACAAUGGUAACCUUUCCUUAUAAGACAAAAGUAAUGCAUGGUCUAGGGAAUUUUCUGCUUUUCCAUUUUUAA